GAUGAGCUGGAAACUUGUUUUAUCCUUGCUUCUUGUGUCCUCUUUGGUCCAAGUGUCAGAUACCCGGAAAACCCGUCCAGCAGGAGCCAUUCCUUCACCUUACAAAGACGGCAGAAGCAACAACUCCGAGCGGCAGCAGCAUCUAAACAAAGAGGUGCUCGCCUCAAGCCAGGAGGCCCUGGUUGUCACGGAGAGGAAGUACCUCAAAAGCGACUGGUGCAAAACGCAGCCGCUGCGGCAGACCGUCAGUGAGGAGGGCUGCAUAAGCCGCACUGUCAUCAACCGAUUCUGCUAUGGCCAGUGCAACUCCUUCUAUAUCCCCCGGCAUGUGAAAAGGGAGGAGGAAUCUUUCCAGUCCUGUGCUUUCUGCAAGCCUCAGAAGGUUACCUCUUUCACUGUGGAGCUAGACUGUCCUGAACUGGACCCCCCUUUCCGACUUAAGAAAAUCCAGAAAGUCAAGCAGUGUCGGUGUAUGUCUGUGAACCUCAGCAGCGGAGGCAAACAGAAGUGA